AUGGUUGACUUUUGGCAGGAAUACUUGGAGAGCCCCACGCUCUCGGUGUUGCCCCAUGAUUUUUUGAAGCCGGCAAACAACCAGUCGGUGGAAGCGGAGUAUGAGUUUGAAUUGCCAGGGACGUUCGUCGACGGGCUUGCGACGUUUGCUGCUCUCAUCUACCGGUUAACCGGCGACGACGACGUCGUCAUUGCCACCGAUAAGCUGGCGGAAGACCCCGCCUUUAUCGUGCGGACGCAGUUGCAACCGGAAUUACUGUUUGCUCAGUUACAAAAGAAGGUGGAAGCUGAGUACACCGCCAACGCUGAAAAAGUCGACUACCAGAGUUUAACGGAGGUCGCUCUGAGAAUCAAGCAAGCGAAGCAAUUGGACGACGAGCCGGGGCUUUUCCGGUUGUCGUUCCAACACCGUCUGCCUCGCCAGCAAUUGCUGACGCUGGUCAAGGGGCUGGUGCGCGAUCUUGCUGUGUUUUAUGACGGCAAAGUAAUGACUUUCUACUACAACUCGUUGCUUUAUAAGCGUGACCGCAUGGUGGUACUUGCUGAGCAGUUCACCCAAUUCUUGAAGGCCGCUACUGCCAACCCUGAAACCCCUAUUACUCACAUCAACCUUGUCACUGAAUCGCAACGAGCACAAUUGCCCGACCCCACUCGGGACCUCGAUUGGAAGGGGUACAGAGGUGCUAUUCAAGAUAUCUUUAUGGCUAACGCUGAAGCCCACCCUGACCGUACUUGUGUGGUGGAAACUAAGCUGUUCAUGGACCCUGAGUCGCGGACGCGGACAUUCACUUAUAAGCAAAUCAACCAGGCAUCUAACAUUGUUGGUAACUACUUGAAAGAGACUGGGAUCAAAAAAGGUGACAUUGUCAUGAUCUACGCCUACCGUGGGGUGGACUUGAUGGUGGCAGUGAUGGGGGUGCUCAAAGCCGGGGCUACCUUUUCGGUGAUUGACCCCGCUUACCCUCCUGCUAGACAAAACAUCUACCUUUCCGUGGCUCGCCCUCAAGGGUUGAUCGUAUUGGAAAAGGCUGGGGUGUUGGACUCGUUGGUUACUGACUACAUUAAGGACGAGCUCAAUGUGGUGUCAACCAUCCCCCAACUUAAGCUCAACGAUGACGGUUCGGUCGUUGGUGGCAAACUUGCUGGUAACAAUGAUGACUGUCUUGCUGCCUAUGCUAAGUAUGCCGAUGUUCCUACCGAUGUGGUGGUGGGUCCUGACUCCAACCCUACCCUUUCCUUCACCUCGGGGCUGGAAGGUGUGCCCAAGGGGGUGUUGGGUCGCCACUACUCGUUGGCAUACUACUUCCCCUGGAUGUCUCAACAGUUCAACUUGAGUGAAAAGGACAAGUUCACUAUGCUUUCGGGGAUUGCCCAUGACCCGAUCCAGCGGGAUAUGUUCACUCCCUUGUUCCUUGGUGCUCAAUUGUUGAUCCCGACCAGUGACGACAUUGGUACCCCGGGUAAGUUGGCCGAAUGGAUGGCGGAAUACGGUGCCACCGUCACUCACUUGACCCCCGCCAUGGGUCAAUUGUUGAGUGCUGAAGCCACCUGUGCCAUCCCUUCGUUACACCACGCGUUCUUUGUUGGAGAUAUCCUCACUAAGCGUGAUUGCUUGAGAUUGCAACUGUUGGCGGAAAAUGUCGCUAUCGUCAACAUGUACGGUACCACCGAAACUCAACGGUCGGUGUCGUUCUUCGAAAUUGCGUCGCGGGCCAAGGACCCCACUUUCCUCAAGAACUUGAAGGACGUCAUGCCCGCGGGGACGGGGAUGCAAAACGUCCAGCUUCUUGUGGUCAACCGUAACGACCGUAAGCAAACUUGCGGUGUCGGUGAAGUUGGGGAGAUCUACGUGCGUGCUGCCGGUUUGGCCGAGGGCUACCGGGGCUUGCCUGAUCUCAACGCGCAAAAGUUCGUCACUAACUGGUACGUUGACCCGCAACAAUGGAUUGACGCUGACUCCGGUGACGAAGAAUGGCGCCAGGCCGGGUGGCAAGGUCCCCGGGACCGGUUGUACCGGACCGGUGACUUGGGCCGCUACUUGCCCGAUGGUAACGUUGAGUGCUGUGGUCGUGCUGACGACCAGGUGAAGAUUCGUGGGUUCCGUAUCGAACUUGGUGAAAUCGACACCCACCUCUCGCAACACCCAUUGGUGAGAGAAAAUGUCACUUUGGUGCGUCGUGACAAGAACGAAGAACCGACUUUGAUCUCGUACAUUGUGCCCCGUGAGUGUGACGAGCUUGAACAGUUCAAGCGUGAUGCUGGCCACGGCACUGACCCUAUCGUCGAAGGGCUCGUGGUUUACCGUGAGCUUAUCCGUGACAUCAAGGCCCACUUGAAAAAGCGCUUGGCUGCUUACGCUAUCCCCACCAUCAUUGUCCCGAUGGCUAAGUUGCCGCUUAACCCCAACGGGAAGGUCGACAAGCCUAAGUUGCCGUUCCCCGAUACCGCUCAAUUGGCGGCGGUGGCGCUGGAAAUUGGUGCUGAAGCCGACGACUCUGAAUGGUCUCCUUUGGAAACUAAGAUUCGCGAUUUGUGGCUUACGGUGUUGCCCAACCGUCCCGCGGUUAUCGCCAAGACUGACUCGUUCUUCGACCUUGGUGGUCACCUGAUCUUGGCCACGAGAAUGAUCUUUGAAUUGCGGAAGCAGUUGGCGGUGGAAAUCCCUCUUGGUGUCAUUUUCAAGCACCCGACGGUGGAACUGUUUGCUGAGGAAGUCGAUAAAGUCAUCAAAGGUGACGACUUCCAAUUGGCUGACGGUACUGUGGUUGAGGAAGCUGAAGAAGAAAAGCCGUUUGACUACGCUAAGGAUGCCGCUGAAAUUUCUGCUACUCAAUUGGCUAAGUCGUACCCUCUGCGGUCGCUGUUGGGUGACACUGUCAACGUGUUCGUCACUGGUGCCACCGGUUUCUUGGGGUCGUUCAUCGUGCGCGAUUUGCUCACUGCUAGAGCUAGCUUGAACACUAAAGUGUACGCUCAUGUGCGGGCUAAGGACGCCGCCCUGGGGAUGGAACGGUUGAGACAAACCGCCAAGACCUUUGGCAUUUGGGAAGACUCGUGGGCCAACCGCAUUGAAGUGGUGCUUGGCGACUUGGCUCGGCCUCAAUUCGGCAAGGCCGAUGCUGAGUGGGCUCAAUUGGCUAACACCAUCGAUGUCAUCGUACACAACGGGGCGUUUGUCCACUGGGUGUACCCGUAUGUCAAGUUGCGUGAUGCCAACGUCAUUGGUACUGUCAACGUGCUCAACUUGUGUCAAUCGGGUAAGCCCAAGUACUUCUCGUUUGUGUCGCUGACGUCAGCGCUCGAUACUGACCAUUUCGUCCACCUUUCCGACGAAUCAGUGGCUCAAGGCGGUUCUGGGGUUCCUGAGCUGGACUCUCUUGCUGGUUCCGCCACUGGUUUGGGCACGGGCUACGGCCAGUCGAAGUGGGCUGCUGAAUACAUCAUCAGAGAAGCUGGUAAGCGUGGAUUGCGUGGGUGCAUCACUCGUCCCGGUUACGUCACUGGGUUUUCGAAAACGGGGGCGUCUAACACGGAUGACUUCCUUUUGAGAAUGCUUAAGGGUGCUGUGGAAUUGAGAGAAUUCCCUGAAAUCCUGAACAGUGUCAACAUGGUCCCUGUCGACCACGUUGCUCGGGUUGUGUGUGCUACUGCCCUUAAUCCUCCUGUUGCUGAUCAAUUGGCGGUAGCUCAAGUCACCGGCCACCCCCGGAUUUCCAUGCAAGGCUUCUUGAAGCUGCUUGCCACCUACGGCUAUAACGUUGAAGGCACCGACUACUUGCACUGGAGAGUUGACCUCGAGAAGUUUGUUGUCGAACACGGCGAUCUGGCUCUUUUCCCCUUGCUCCACUUUGUCUUGGACAACUUGCCUCAAAACACUAAGGCUCCCGAGUUGGAUGACACUAACGCCCGCACCUCGUUAAAGGCUGACGCUAAAUACACUGGUGAAGAUGUGCUGGCAGGUGCUGGUGUUGAUGAGAAGCAGAUGGGGAUCUAUCUCUCCUACUUGGUAGCGAUUGGCUUUUUGCCCACCCCUGAUGUUGGCGGUAAGCUUCCGGCACCGCAAGUGUCGGAAGAGUCGUUGAAGUUGAUUGAAGCUGGUGCUGGUGGUAGAGGUUCUGCCGCUAAGUGA